AUGCUGGCAGAAUAUUGCCCAGGUGAACAAGUUAACGUAAUCCCGGGCUACAGUGAAGUUGAUCCUGUCCCGCCAUAUCCCUACCGCAUGACAUCCAAUUUGGUCCCCACGGCUACCGGAGAACAUUCGUUUAGCUUGAGCAAUGUUGGAGGGUCAAGGCUAUUGAUAGGUGGACAGCUUGUUAUCGACAAUCCACGCUGGACGGAGCUUGGGGAGACUUUCUAUGCCUUUGGCAGCGCUAAAGUGCCCGCCAGUAAGCUUCUGCUUGCUGGUAAAGCUUAUAUAGUACAGGUGGGGGCUUGGGCCAAUGCCUACGAAUUGUCUGCCAACGCAUUGAGCGCUGAUGCAAAUCACGCCUUUGCUGCUCAUCCUUCUGUCCGCAUCGGGUAUCUCCAGCAGAUCCCAAGCACUGAGGAGCUAAUUUCCGAGGCCUUCGCACUAGCCGACGAAAGCGCAAUGACCAUAAUCGUGCUGGGACUUAAUGAAGACUGGGAAAACGAAUGGUAUGAAAGAAAGAAUAUGGCUUUUCCGGGGAGCCAGGACAAAUUGGUCGAAGCUCUCAUAUCGAGCGUGGAACGUCCUAAAAGCCUCGUAUUCAUCAAUCAGUCAGGGUCGCCUGUGGAGCUUCCAUGGAUUGACAAAUCCUCAACUUUCCUUCAGGCGUGGUAUGGAGGUCAAGAAUCUGGAAAUGCUCCGGCAGAUGUCUUAUUUGGAAACACCAACCCCUCCUGA